AUGGCGACGACCCGCGACCGCGUUGCAGGCUUUGCAUCAGGAAUUGCCUCAGGGGCAACCAAGCUGUUUGUCGGCCACCCUUUCGACACAGUGAAGAUCCGGUGCCAGGUCGAGGGCGGGCAUGGGCGCUUCAAGGGCCCGCUGGACUGUCUGAUGUCAACGAUCCGGCAAGAGGGCCCACGGGCGCUCUACAAGGGCGCCAGCAUCCCGCUGAUCGGCUGGGCAGCCAUGGACGCGGUCCAGCUGGGCAGUCUCUCAAACUACCGUCUGCUUCUGCAGGGCGGCAACAAGGCGCAUAAGCUGACGCACCUGGAACAUGCUGUAGCCGGAAUGGGCGCUGGCUGGACAGUGGCGAUGGUGGCAACGCCCGUGGAGCUGAUCAAGGUCAGGCUGCAGGUGCAGUAUGCGUCGGGCGACCAGCGCAGGUACGGCGUGUUUGGCAUCUGGCAUGGGCUGCCAGCGACGCUGACGCAGCGGUCGUUUUUCUUCUUCCUCUGGGGCUCCUACGACGUGUACUCGGAGUGGAUGCGCACGCUGCGCCGCACCGACCACUUCCCGUACUAUGCAAAAACCGGCUCCAAGCUGAUCAACUUUUUGGCCGGCGGCAUGGCUGCAAACACGUUCUGGUGCAUGUGCUAUCCAGUGGAUGUGGUCAAGAACCGGUACAUGACGCAGGGCGAUGAGUCGCCGAUCUCGUUCCGCCGCAUGUUUGCCCAUGUAUACCGUACCGAGGGCGUGCGCGGAUUCUUCCGUGGGUUUGUGCCCACAUUCAUUCGCUCGUUCCCGACAAACGCCAGCGCCAUCUUCGUGUGGGAGAGCACCAUGCGCUUCCUGAAGAACGAAGGCCACCAUUGA